UCGAUAAAUGUCAAAUGUGAAUUGUCAAAAACUGCACAGUAUGCCGCGCUUGUAAAAUAACAUUAUUGUAUUUGUUUUCAUAAUAAGCUAUUGAAAUAACAAUAUAGUGUUAUAUAUUUUUGUCAAUGUUAAUAUUUAAUUAUCAAAACUGAAGAAUGGAGGUGACCCGAAAGAAUUUUAGGGAAUGUCUCCCCUUAAUUGAAGAAUCGAUAAAGAAAGCUGAUUUUUUAGUGAUCGAUGCAGAGUUUACGGGUAUUAUCCAUGGCCGGGACGUUACUAUGUUCGAUUCCCCUCAAGAGUACUAUGCUACUUUGUUAAAGGGGAGUACGGAAUUUUUGCUUAUCCAAUAUGGAUUGUGCGCUUUUUAUUGGAAUGAAACUAAGAAGUAUUAUAUGAACGAUGCAUAUAAUUUCUAUUUGUUUCCACGGGGACGCCCUGGACCUGAGAAAGUAUUCCUUUGUCAGAGUUCCAGUUUAGAUUUUCUAUCAUCUCAAGGAUUUGACUUCAAUAAACUGAUAAAAGAAGGUAUAUCCUAUAUGACUGAGCCCAUGGAGACUCGCUUACGUGAAAAUCUAACGGAGCGUCAAAAAUCUUAUGUGACCGGAAAUAAUAAUAUUCCCAUACCAGAUGAAAAUAAACAACAAAUUGAAGACAUAUGUAAAAGGGUUCGUGUCUUCCUUGAUGAGAAGAAGGCUGAUUCCAUGGAGAUAGAACGGUGCAAUGCUUUCAUCAGACGGCUGCUCUUCCAAGAGCUGGGCAGUCGAUUCAAGAAAGAAGCCUUUCUUGAGACAAAAAUAGUGGACAACAGAGCUAGGGUCCUCAGGGUGUCCCGACUGAAAUCAGAAGCUGAGGGCCUGAGUAAAGAUACGGAAAAGAAGGAGAAAGAGUGGGAAGAAGUGGAAGAGGCAGUUGGCUUCUCCAAAGUAGCUCGAAUGAUCAGCCAAUCGCAAAAGUUGGUGAUUGGUCACAACAUGCUGUUGGAUGUUAUUCACACCCUAAACCAUUUCUUUCAACCGCUGCCGUCUGAAUACCCAGAGUUCAAGGAGUUCGCGCAUUGUAUAUUUCCCAGGUUACUGGAUACAAAGUACAUGUCUAGCCUGCCACCGUUCAAAGACAAGGUGAACUCUAGUGUGCUGGAGCAUUUGCUGGCAACAUUAUCUGAACCUCCGUUCUCGCUUCCUAAAGCUGAAUCAGUGGAAGGUCGCGGCUACCGUCGCGCUGACGACAAGCUGCACGAGGCUGGUUUUGACGCUUACGUGACUGGGCUGUGCUUCCUCGCGAUGCACCAGCACCUGGCGCGCAUGCGAGGCGACCGUCCGCAACGCAUGCCCGACCCCGACUGCGCAGCGCUCAAACCUUUCCUCAAUAAGCUGUUCCUCGCUAAGACAGCGUAUCAAGAUUCCCCCUAUAUGAAUCUUACUGGACCUGAUCCGACACCGUCAAGGGAUCACGUGUAUUAUAUAACUUUCCCCAAAGAUUGGCAGAGGAGUGAUAUCAGCCAGAUAUUCAGUUCCCUCGGUCCUGUGACGGUGCAGUUCCUGGACGAGACUUCCGCACUGGUGGCACUGAUGCGGCGAGACCAGGUUCACUUCGUACCUAGCGUCUUCACGGAGAACAACCGCGUAUCAUUUAUGCCUUUUGCAGCUUACAAGGCUAACGGACCUCGGGCGCCAGGCCAAGUGAUGGAGCGUCCCCGUCAGCCGAUGACGACUGUGAGUUCGCCUGACCUUUCGAGAGUGCGACAAGGAUCAGUGGGUAACCCGACGCCGUCGCGGGCGUCGCCGCAACAAUCCCGGCCACGGUCCACCAGUGUAUCAUCGCCUGCGGAGCCGCCGCCCAGAAAACGGACAUCUUCUGGCGUCUUCCAGGUUGAUGAACUGGAACCACCGCAUAAAAAGCCGGAACUCACUCGAUCCAAGCCAGAGGAGCCCGCGCACGAACGCCCCCUGGCAGCCAUCUCGAACGGUCGGCGGAAAGCGCACGCUGCCACCGACAACGUGGACAAAUGUCGCGACAAAAGCGAAAUUAAACAUAAUAUACCCGUAGAUAAAUUUGAUAGUAACGCCACUAGCAAUUGCGUGGCCGCUUUUAAAGAAAGCGAUAGUUGGGAUUAAGUAAAUUUUUUCGAUUCUC